UUAUAAUGUUGAAAAUGAUUUCCAUGUGAAAUUGAGAACGAGGCCAGGAGACUACUUGCUGUACGAAGGAGACGUGGCAGCCAAGAACAGUUAUCGUUGUUGGGGUUAAAAUAGAAGUAUCAAAAGUUCCAGAUUAUUUUAAACACGAUGGGUCUCUGCAAGUGCCCAAAGCGAAAGGUUACAAACCAGUUUUGUUUCGAGCAUAGAGUGAAUGUCUGUGAAUUCUGCCUUACUUCUGGCCACCCUACGUGCAUUGUGAAGUCCUACCUACACUGGUUGCAAGACAGUGACUAUAACCCUAUUUGCACCCUUUGUGGUGAAAUGCUUUCUACAGGGGAAUGUAUAAGACUUACAUGUUAUGAUGUUUUUCACUGGGAUUGCAUUAACAGGCAAGCCUUGAAAGCUUCUGAGGAUUCAAAGUCACCUGAAAUUACUUGCUCAGUUUGUAAGGCUAAUCUAAUUCCAUCUGAGAAACUUGUUUCGCCAGUUGCUGAUGCUGUCAGAAAAAAGCUGGCAACAGUUGCUUGGGGCAGAAAAAAGCUAGGCUUACCAACGAUGGCUCCAGCCAAGCCUACUCCAAAGUUUACACAAGAUUUAGCCAAGGAAGAAGUGCCAAGUCCUUCAAAUUUAUCCAGAAAAGAAGAAGUGACUGUAAACCAUAGUUCAAAAGAGCAUGUAGAUGGCUCUUCUUCUGCGGUUGUUGCAAAUUUAUCCAGUAUUGACGAUUCAAUGGAGCAAUCCCAUGUGCAUGAAAUGCCACAAGCAUCCGCGAUAUCGCAAAAUACCUAUGUGCGCGAAAUGUUUCAAAAUGAAGCAUCAGCUGCAUCGAGAAGAGUCCCGGAGGCGAAGAAAGAAGAAAAGAUUGAACUGUCAUUUGAUCACGACGAUGAUAAAUACCGGCGCAAAGGAAUCCGACAUUGGCUUUCGAGACUUUUUCGGUUGCGGAGUAAUGUUCGAUACGCAGCAGAUGACCCUAACAUCACGUUCAAAAGAGUUUCAGUGAUCAUGCUGCUCGUUGUUCUCGGCUUCAUGACUGUUAUCCUUUUACUGACACGAGCUGGACGUACUUUUGCUGAUCAUGAUAAGCAUCUUGAUCCAAAGUUCAAUCCCAAUAUUCGAAUAUCUGAUGGUAGGACUUGAAGAAUAAUUUUGGGUGAAUAAUUCCGCCACUCAGGUUGCCUAGAAGCGAAAUUGAUAGCCGCCCAGAGAGUCAUUUGAGCGACUGCACUCCAACGAUAUUACAUAAAAAUUGAAUGAAAAUUCUUACCCAGUGCUGGAGAGCAGGUUACCCAGUUCUGGAGAGCAGAUAUUCGCUGUUAAGGCAGCGGUUUAGAUCUCAGCGGCGAGUUGCCGGUCAGUCAUCAAUUGUAUGAAACCUAUUAAAUUUAUAUAAUCUGUCAGAUAAAUUUCGCUUAAACGAUCGCGCUUGAAUCUUAGUUUACGCGUUGAAGUUCGCUGAAAGUAUCAGAAUCUUGGUACAAGGAAAACCAUGAAAAUUCGAAGCAUGCUUACGGUAUCGAAAUUGUAACGGUGGGAUGUGAGCAGCAGAGUAAUGUCAGAAAUGAGUGAACGUCUGCAAGUAUUUUGUAAGGGAGCAGUGUUAGAGUAAACGAUAGGAAGGUAUUGAGUACAGUCUAGUUCUAUGGGGUAGGACGCGGGUCACGAUUCGUUUGUGCUCGGCUCAUACAUACUUCUAGCCUUGCAUGCAUUUAGAUAUUAGGCAUUUCAGAGCGUUUAUUACGGAGUCAAAUACAUUUGAAUUUAUGGACAUCAGUAUAUAUGUAGCUCGGUGUUGUUAUGCAAACUGAAUGGAAUUGGAAACCGUUUUUAGAGUACAUUGAUUUAUGCCCCUCUAUUCUCUUUAAUUGCUUACUUUCAUCUAACAAUGUUUAUGUUUUAUUUAUUAUGUCAAUCAAACUGCAGCCCUUUCUUGAAUAAGCGUAUUUGAACCAUGAUUAUAUUUUAUUUCAUCAUUCAUAUCAUUAGAAGCCAAAGACAAUCUUGUGGUUUUACACGGUUUCUGGUCUUGCUUAUGCUCGAAAGCUAUGUAUCGUUUCAGGAGUUUUUAGAAUUUUCAAAGUUAUAUUUAUGACGAAAUUUAUGAUUUUCUCUUCAAUAACCUUUUGAACGCGUGGCUUUCUCAUUAUUGAGGCAUAAAAAUCAUUAUAUGUUGUGACACUGGAAAGAUAAUUCCUUUAAAUUUAAUCCGAUUUAGAAUAAAUGGAAUAUCUGACUACAGCGCAUUUAUGUAUUACUUAACAUACAAGCUACAAUGAGAUCAAUGACUGUUUGUAAUAGAAAAAACAAUUCAUGAAGUCUUGAUACCCCUAAAACAGCACGCGUAAUUCCUCGCAUUAGAAAGACGCUCCCUCGAGAUACGUGGUUAAAGAUUUCUCGGUAGCCUGUCGUAAUUAACAAAUAAGGCGAUUCUUGAACAUUGAAUCUUUCGAAAACCCUUUCAUUUAUCUGUAUAGCCUUAGCUUUAAAUAUAAAGGAUAUUUUGAUAUGUCGUUAUUUGUUCAACGAACCCUGUCUACAUUCCUUAGUUUAAUAAAUCGAUGGGUUCCAUAAGAAAAAGCUCUAUGCCCUAUUGUUGAAGUUGUACACUGCAAGCGAAGCAGUUUGGUACACAAAGUCUGUGUUGUCAGUUCUUGGAUAGUUAGAAAAUUUUUAGUAAUUUAUCUUUCUUGGUAUUUGAAUUUGUUUAAAGAAAUUAUUAAAUGAAGUUAGUUAAAUUAUGGCAAAAGCAAAACAUAA